UGUCAAUCGUUGGUUGGUUGUCGGCCGGCGACCCGACUUCACGAGUUGGAGUACCAAAAACAAACUGGUGUCCGUCUACCAAUUUGUAAUUUUUUCAUAAUGAAGUCGCUAAGUUAUCUCUUUCUCCUUGCCUUUGUGGUUAUAAGUGUGUCGGGUACUUUUGAUAGCAUAAAUAAGGACAUUGUCAACAAGAAGAUAGACAGGAAAGUUGACAUAUCGACGCAAGUCGUGAAGAUAAGUAACAAGAUUACCUUGAAUGAAGGCUCAGGAGCUGUCAAGUCUUUCCUUUUGUCACUUACGAGGGAGGAGAAAGACACUUUGGCUUACAUCAACGUAGUGACUGGAGGCUCCAGCCUCAAACUUGCAGAAACCAAAGUCCAGGAAUUCCCAGAUAUAUUUUUCUACAAGGUUGAAUUGAAAGAUGCACUUCAGCCAGGCAGGACAGUCAAUGUUGAGGUAGAAAUGCUUUUAACCCAUCUAAUGGAAGCUUACCCAGCUUUGAUACAACAAGGAGAAAAGCAGUUAGUGAGAUACAAAGGCAAUCACUAUGUUCUCACACCAUAUGCCACCACUCCCAAACAAACCACUGUUACUCUCUCGUCACCAAACAUUGAAAAUUACUCGCGUCUUAAGCCAACUUCCCAUACAGAUACAUCCAUCACAUAUGGUCCUUAUGAAGGAGUCGCUGCUUUUGCAAUGGAUCCAAUGAGUAUUCACUAUGAAAACAAUUCGCCAUUCCUUACUGUGACGAGACUUGAACGUGUCAUAGAGGUUUCACACUGGGGUAACAUAGCAGUUGAAGAGACCAUUGAUGUUCUUCAUACUGGUGCCAAACUCAAAGGGUCCUUUUCAAGAUAUGAUUUCCAGCGAGAACAUAACAGUUAUUCCAGUGUCAAAUCUUUUAAAACCGUAUUGCCUGCAUCAGCCAAGGACUUGUAUUACCGUGAUGAGAUUGGCAAUAUCUCAACUUCCCACAUGCGUGUCCUUGAAGAUGCUGUGGAGUUGGACUUGAGGCCAAGAUUCCCUUUGUUUGGUGGAUGGAAAACUCAUUACAAGAUUGGAUACAAUGUUCCGUCUUAUGAGUAUUUGUACAGCUCAGGUGAUGACUACAUUUUGAAAAUGAGGAUUCUUGAUCAUGUUUUUGAUGAUGUCAUUGUUGAUGAGCUGGCAUUGAAGGUCAUUUUACCAGAAGGUGUUAGAAACAUUGUAAUUGAAACUCCAUACCCUGUUGAGCAGUUACCUGACUCCUUGCAUUUCACAUACUUGGAUACUGUAGGCCGUCCUGUGGUGACAAUCACAAAAAGUAAUCUUGUAGAAAGCCAUAUUCAGGACUUCACACUUCAUUACCAAUUCCCAGCUAUUAUUAUGCUUCAGGAGCCACUGCUUGUGGUAGUUGCAUUCUUUAUUCUCUUCAUCUCGGUUAUUUUGUAUGUCCGACUUGACCUGACCCUAAGCAAAGAUGAUGCCACAGAAGCUAAGAUGAGAGUAUCAUCGCACUGUGAGUUGGUACACUCACACCAUGACAAACGUGCCAGGCUGUACGAGAAGCUUGAAGAAGAACUGCAAAAGUUGAAGAGUUCCAAGGAUGUAGUUCAGUCUCAGACUGCCACUCGAAAGCUUUUUAACAGCAUUCGUGAUGAGACACAGGUCAUCAAUGACCUGGCUGUGAAGAUUCGCCAGGAUAACGUGGAAUAUGCUGAUAAAGUGUCAGAACUGCAGAAGUUGGAUAAGGUUAUCCGUGAUAGUGUGAAUCAGCAGCUGACCAAUGUAGAGAAAUUAGUCGCUGGCAAGAUGAGCAAGCCGCAGUAUAUGGAAGUAGAUGGGCCCCUUCACAAGAAAAAAGAGGAGGCAUUAGAGAAAACAAAAAAUCUUCUGGGAAACAUUUAACCAACUGGAAUGUGGUGGUAGAGCACAGCUGAAAAUAUGUGGAAAUUUUCUGCAGCUGUCUUUGUUAUGGGAUUUUUGUUUAGAAAGUAAGUGGUGAUUAUUCCAUAGAAUAUUUGAUCUUCCAUUUAAAUUUCUGCAAAUUUCAUCAAUUAGUAUUGCAUUCAUAGUGAAUACAGAUACACUACUGGCGUGGUUGUUAUGUACUGAAUUAAAUGGAGCAUAUGCAUUGCUUGUCCUUUUUUAUGAAUAUUUGCACAUAGAUUUGCUAAUGAAACUCUGGAUUUUGUGUUACGAAUUUUUCUGUAUAACACUGUGAAUUUUUCUGUAAUGGUUGGUAGUGUCUGUGCUUCAUUGUUUUUUUUUUUUAUUGCUAUUACGAAGUUAGCAACAUUCCUGACAAAUGACAUUUUGCCAUGUCUUUCUUUUUCUUUUAUAAAAAAAAGCUUUGUAAAUUAUUGUAGAUUCUCUAUAUAAAAGUCAUUUUAAUGGCUAGAGUAUUAUAGAAAAAUCUGUCAAUAAAGAAAAAGAAGCACU